AUGGCUGCUCUGGUUCAGACCUUUCCCCAGCAAACUGCAACGGUUACAAUGCUCCAGACCCGACCGUCUUCUUCAACAAGCAUGAUACCCAACAACCAAGGCCAGGCUGGCCUUCAGUAUGCGGCAGCGGCUCAAGCCCCAAGAUAUGCUGUUCCCUCUCCCACUGGCUACCGGGGUAGUUCGACUCCUGUCCAGCAAUACGCUUUCACUAGCACACCGACCCUGAACCACACACAAUCUUGGCAACCGCAAGGUCAACCGACGCGGAACUAUAACCACAACGCCAACUACGGCGGUCGCCAGUUUAGCUCCUCAGCUACCAACGUGCAAUACAAUGCCAUGGGCGUUGGCCAAACGGGUGCUCGUGAUGACUCUGCCAUUCCUCAGCGACGAAACAUUGUACCCGCUCCUCGACCUCAUUCCGCUUUCCUCGCUGGCCCUACACAACCAACCUCUCCAACUUCUUCAAGCAAAGCUGCACCUGACAGGUAUAGACGGUCACUUACUCCUCAACAAAACCAGCACGGGCGUUCUCAGAGCACAGCUGUCCCAGUGAAUGGAAUGCCUACUGCUACUCAACUCUAUAAUGGCCCCAAUCCUAGCCGCUCGGCGAUUCCAAACAGACCGAACAGCUUCUAUAACGCUAUGCCUGGCACAUCUAUGGAUGAUAUGCAACUUCUUCAAUCUCCCAUGGAUGAUUCAAACCGAUCCCGUCGUCGAAGUCUUCGUGCCGAUUCUGACCUGUCGAAGCCUGCUACGCUUGAAAAGAGCAAAGCAGACGGAAAUUCUCAAACACUGCGUGUUGUUACUAACGCCGCCGCACACUCGCGCAACGGAAGUUCUGAGAGUUCUGCCAACCGUAAUGUGUCUGCCCCCACUGGAAACCCCUCUUCCCAGGCAAACAGCGAAGUCACUUCUAAGCAAGAUCACGCCAAGGUCAACAUCCCAGCUCGAGGAUCAUCUUCCGAUGCGAUUAAACGCACUACAAACCCUUCACCUCUCUCUAGACCAGCUACCAUGGCUAGCGAGGUCGCUGAAGACAGAUCUUCCAAUGCGUCAGGUGCGGGUAAAGUAGAGUCACCUGCGGCUAAACAGCUUGCUGCUAUCAAGGAUAAAGGACGCAAAUCCAAGAGCAAGACCUCCAGACUGCGACGCGCUUUCUCGUUUGGAAGCGCUGCCGAUUUCCGCAAUGCUGAUGAGGGUGAGGGAACUGAUAAGACAGAACCCUCCAAACUCCACAAGGACCCAACGGCCGAUGAAGCCUACGAUGCCGAGCAAGCACGUAUCGCGGAAGCGCAGGAGGCUGCAGGCCUCGGACACAGUAUCUAUGGUGGCCGAUUCUUUGGUGGCUCAACCGAUAACCUCUCCAUCUCCUCGACAGCGUCAUCAGCUUCCAUCAUGAUUCGAAAGAUGGGCCGAGGUAUGAAGAAGGGUGGUCGAUCUUUUGUUGGAAUUUUCCGACCCAAGUCAGUGAUUGGAGUUGCUCCUGCUGAUGGACCUAUGAAGCCCGAGGCUAGCCAAGCUGCUGUAUCGAUGGUCACUGUCGAGGCUGAGACUCAACGAGUUAACGUGUCGGCCGAUCCCAGACAGACAGAUACCUUUCCCCACCUCGAGCGCAAUUCGAUCGAUACCAAUCUGGGUGCUGAGAUUGCUGAGCGUCUUGGGAGCUCUGGAACUGACAACUCGAAUUCGCGUAAGAGUAUUGUUGGAGGCGACAGGGAACGUGCGGAGGUGCUUGCUGCCGUCCGCAAGGGAAUUUUGAAGCGCCCCGGCUCAGCCAGCCCUUCUAUCCGCCCUGCUGAUUCCUCUCCUGGCCUUGACCUCCCCAGCGUUCCUGCUGUCACCGAUUCCCCUAACUCCAGUGCCCCUAGCACUCCCAACGACGAGUCUCAGGGCCAUCGCCGAACAGGCUCGAUUGCUAUUGGCAGCGAAGACUACUUCAUGUCCGCUUUGAGGCUACGACAGGACAGCAAGAGCGCACCAAACACCCCCCACGGAUCUACCAAGCGUAACGCUACUUUCUCGCCCCGUAUCGUCUUCCACGAUACUUGGCCUAGUCAGGAGUACGAUCGUCGCGGUGAGAUUGCUACCUGCAACCGAUUGACUCCCAUGCUUGCGCAGCAGAUCAAGGAGGAGCUGAAUACCUUCAAGAUGGAAAUGGAGGUUCACGAAAACUCAAAGAUUUACACGCACUUUUUCUGA